AUGAAGAGGAAAGAAAACACUCUCCCGUUUGAAGGGCAGACGUUUGUAGUCACAGGGACAACAAACACGCCAAGAAAUGACUUAGUCAAUAGAAUACGAGAGUUAGGGGGGAAAGUUACGCUGAGCGUGUCUGGCACAACCAGCUACCUAGUAGUGGGCAGCGAGCCGGGCCCUGCCAAGGUAAAGAAGGCCGCGGCAAACAAGACCCGAAUACUCACCGAAGAGGAGUUUAUAAACAUAAGCAAAGACCACGUGGUGACACCAGCAGAGGUGAAGAGAAGCAAGCCUGCGCAAACUAGGAGCGCGUCCAAGGAAAGAUGGACAGAAAAGUACCAGCCCAAAAAAUCAAGCGACAUACUAGGAAACAGGCAAAGCAUAGCCGCCUUAAAGGAGUUUAUGUCGCAGCGAGAUCUUACGCCGGUGCUUAUUUCAGGCACAUCAGGCAUAGGAAAAACGCUCUCAAUAUACCUUGUUGCCAAAGAGCUAGGCAUAAGCGUGGUAGAGUACAAUGGGGCCGACUGCCGGAACAAACAGGAAAUGUCGGUCAUAAAGAGUCUGUCCACGCAAAAAUCGCUUACUUGCAAUGCAGCUUUGCACAGCAAGAAGAUCAUUCUUUUGGAGGAAAUAGAAAACAUGGGGGCAAGCGACAGAGGGGGGCUGCAGGAGAUGCUAGAUCUGUUUAAAAAAAGCAAGACGCCCAUCGUGCUAACAGUGAACGACAAGUCCAGCCAAAACAUCAAGACAAUUCUUACGAAGUGCAAAGCCAUAUCAUACAGCAAAAUAGACAGCAGGCAGAUUGCCGGACAUCUCAAGAAAAUAGCAGAGGCUGAGGGAAUAGGAGUGCCCGAGAAUACGCUGCUGCAGAUAGCCAUAACCGCGUGCGGGGAUGUGCGGUAUGCAACGAACAUGCUGCAAUACCUUAGCAAGAAGCCCAGCAUAUCCAUGAACGACAUAAAGGUGAUGAGCAAGCACAGCACAAGCGACAAUCUGUUCGACAUCACAAAAGAGAUAUUCCAGCCCAACAACACGCCAGCGCAGAAGAUAAACUUUUUCUUCCAGGAGACCGCGUUUGCGCUGCUUAUGGUGUUUGAAAACUACCUGGGGGGCGGCUCAGUGCAGGAGAUCGCCGCCAAUGCAGACUCGCUUAGUGCUGCGGAGGUGCUCUCCACUCGCAUGAUUGAGAAAGACGAAAAAAGGCUUUUUCCCGUGGCUGCAUACUACACAACAGUGCGCCCCAAGCUGCGCCUGGCCGCCAGAGUCAUGUUCAGCAGACAGCUGGGAAUGGGCUCAACAAUAAGCGCAAGCAAGAAAAAGCUAGGCAAAAUACUAGCAGGGUCGCAAGAGAGGGGCGCCCAGGGGGGCUGGUCUGUUAUAUACGAGCUGUACUGUAUAAUGAAAAUGCUCAGCAGGGAGGCUCCGCCCGCAGAAAUGCUCCCAUACAUACAAGCGCUCAAAAUAGACAAGAAUAUUCUGCAAGUGCUCAGCGACGUGACAGGAGUUAAGCUAAAGCCAGGAAAGCUGCCUCUUUUGAAAGUGCCAAAAGAGUAA